AUGUCGCUGAACCCCGAGCCCUCGGCGCCUGAAGAGCGGGCAGAGCACCAUCUGCCGCCCAAGUCGUACGCCGACGCCGCCGAAGAAGCCCUGGAGCCCCAGCAGCCACAAUCACAUGCCAACGGCACCGACGGCACCAUCCAACACAGUGGGAAGAAGCCAAUAGGCAAGAUUGAUGAGGCAAAGACCAAUGGCAUCAAGACUCCCUCAGAAGAGGAGAAGACGUCACUCGAAGGCCUGGGCCAGGACGGCUCACCCAGGAGUCCAACAGUCAAAGGCCAUCGUCGCGUCUCAUCGCGCAACUCGCACGGGUCGCUCGGCCGCAAGCAGGGCGAGCAGGCACAGAACGGAAUUCUUCAUGAGAAGCACGCAAAUGGCAACGGCGAUGCGCUGACGAGUGUGAAGCCGCAGCAGGAGUUCCAAGUCGCCAAAGCAGACCGAAGAACCGACCUCAAGCGCAGAAACUCGGAGCUCACGACGGGACGACAGGCUGGUGCGGGAUGGCACAAGAGCAAAAUACGAUUUGCGCCUAUGAACGUUCCCCUCCAACGCCGUCUUCAAACCCUCGCUGUCCUCAUGCACACACUUAGCAUCGUCGGCGGCCUUGCCAUCUUCUUCUUCCUUUGCAGCAUACCCCUGCUCUGGCCAAUCCUCCUGCCGUAUACCGUCUACGUCCUCUUCUCCAAUGCUGGCACAUCGGGCGAGUUAUCCUUUCGCAGCGACCGCCUCCGCCGACUGCCCGUCUGGUCGCUCUUCGCUUCCUACUUCCCCGCGCGCCUACAUCGCUCACAGGAGCUGGAGCCUACUAGGAAGUACAUAUUCGGCUACCACCCACAUGGCAUCAUAUCCCAUGGCGCUUUCGCUGCCUUUGCAACUGAAGCUCUUGGCUUCUCCCAGCUCUUCCCUGGCAUCACCAACGCCCUGCUGACCCUCGACUCCAAUUUUCGCUACCCCAUCUAUCGUGAAUACGCCCUCCGUCUCGGCAUGGCCUCCGUGUCACGCGAGUCCUGCGAAAACAUUCUCUCCAAAGGCGGCCCCAACAACGAAGGCAUGGGUCGUGCCAUUACCAUCGUUGUAGGUGGCGCACGUGAGUCCCUCGAUGCGCGCCCUGGCUCCAUAAAACUCGUUCUCAACCGCCGCAAAGGCUUCGUCAAGAUGGCCAUACGCACCGGCGCCGAUCUCGUACCUGUCCUCGCAUUCGGCGAAAACGACGUAUACGACCAACUCGACACCGAUUCGCAUCCCUACAUACACAAGUUCCAGAUGCUCGUCAAGAAGUUCAUGGGCUUUACUGUGCCCAUCUUCCAUGCGCGGGGUGUCUUCAACUACGAUGUAGGUAUGAUGCCGUACCGAAGACCGAUCAACAUCGUUGUGGGACGUCCAGUCAGGGUGAUGCAGGAUAAGCAUCCGGAUAACGACUACAUCAACGAGAUACAUCAGCAGUACGUGGACGAGCUGAUGCGAAUAUGGAAUGAGCACAAGGACACGUUUGCCAAACACAGGACGGGUGAGCUCGAGAUAGUCGAGUAG